AUGCCACUCUCCUUUGCGGCAACAACUCCUGUUCUGGCCGACAAGAAGAAGUACCCCAACUUUUUCCGGACGGUUCCGUCGGACAACGCGGUGAACCCAGCAGUGGUCAAGUUCCUCAACUUCUACAACUGGAGCCGCGUGGGGACCCUCACACAGGACGUUCAGAGGUUCUCAGAGGUGAGGAAUGACUUGACCAAUGAGCUGGAAAAGGCGGACAUCCAGAUCGCUGACACCGAGAGCUUCUCCAACGACCCCUGUGUCAACGUCAAGAAGCUGAAGGAUAAUGACGUAAGGAUCAUUAUCGGACAGUUUGAUGAGAACCUGGCCUCCAAAGUGUUCUGCUGUGCGUACAACCUGAACAUGUAUGGUAGUAAGUACCAGUGGAUCAUACCAGGCUGGUACCAGGGCAACUGGUGGGAGCAGGCCAACUCCACCAACUGCACCACCAGGAAGUUGCUGACUGCUAUGGAGGGAUACAUCGCUGUGGACUUUGAACCCCUCAGCGCCAAACAGGUCAAGGGGAUCUCUGGAAGGACACCUAAAGAGUACGAGAGGGAGUACAGUAAAGAGCUGCAGCAGAAGGGGGUGGAGCCCUCGAAGUACCACGGCUUCGCCUACGACGGGAUCUGGGUGAUAGCUAAGACCCUGACCCGUGUCAUGGACUUACUGCAGCACAAGGAGAGGCAGGACAUGCACCACAACUUCACCGUGGACGACCGGGAGGUGGGCAGGCUGGUGCUGGACGUCAUGAACGAAACCAACUUCUAUGGUGUCACGGGCCAAGUCAUGUUCAGGAACGGAGAACGGAUGGGUACCAUCAAAUUCACACAGUUUCAAGAGGGGCAGGAGGUGAAGGUCGGAGAGUACAACGCUAUUGCUGAUGUCCUGGAUCUCAUCAACAACACCAUGCGGUUCCAAGGGGUGGAGCCUCCUAAGGACCGUACGUUUGUGCGUCUGCAGCGUCGCAACAUCAACGUACCCCUCUACAGCAUCCUGUCUGUUAUCACCAUCCUGGGCAUGCUCAUGGCAGGGGCCUUCCUCUUCUUCAACAUCAAGAACCGCAACCACAGACUGAUCAAGAUGUCCAGUCCCUACAUGAACAACCUUAUCAUCCUGGGUGGAAUGCUCUCCUACUCCUCCAUCUUCCUCUUUGGCCUGGACGGCGCCUUGGUGUCCGACAAAGAGUUUGAGGCCUUGUGUACUGUGCGAACAUGGAUCCUCAUUGUGGGCUACACAACAGCGUUUGGUGCCAUGUUUGCCAAGACCUGGAGAGUCCAUGCUAUCUUCAAGAACGUCAAGAUGAAGAAAAAGAUUAUCAAGGACCAGAAGCUGCUGAUCAUUGUGGGUGGGAUGCUGCUGAUUGACCUGUGCAUCCUCAUCUGCUGGCAGAUCGUUGAUCCGCUGAAGAGGACCGUGGAGGAGUACAGCUUGGAGGCGGACCCCCAGGGGCGGGACAUAGCCAUCCGGCCCUUCCUGGAACACUGUGAGAACACACACAUGACCAUUUGGCUGGGGAUCGUUUACGCAUACAAGGGCCUGCUUAUGUUGUUUGGGUGCUUCCUGGCUUGGGAGACGAGGAAUGUGAGCAUCCCGGCCCUGAAUGACAGCAAGUACAUCGGGAUGAGUGUGUACAACGUGGGCAUCAUGUGUAUCAUCGGGGCGGCCGUGUCCUUCCUCACGCGAGACCAGCCCAAUGUGCAGUUCUGCAUCGUGGCUCUGGUCAUCAUCUUCUGCAGCACGAUCACUCUCUGUCUGGUGUUUGUGCCAAAGUUCAUCACGAUGAGGACCAAUCCAGACGCAGCUACUCAGAACCGGAGGUUAAAGUUCAAUACGAACCAGAAGAAAGAGGACUCCAAGACGUCCACGUCAGUGACCAGUGUGAACCAGGCCAACACGUCCAGACUGGACGGCCUGCAGACCGACAACCACCGCCUCCGCAUGAAGAUAACAGAGUUGGAUAAGGAACUGGAGGAGGUGACCAUGCAGCUGCAGGACACCCCAGAGAAGACCCCGUACAUCAAGCAGAACCACUACGGAGACGUCAACAACAUCCUCAGCAUACGCAACUUCACAGACGGCAAAGAGGGGGAGAAAUCGAUAGUGAAGAAUCAUCUUGAGCAGAAGCCUCAGGCCCAGUGGGGCUCCAUGGAUCCUUCCAGAAUAAACAGAGGUCCCCUGGAGGAUAUCAACUCACCUGAACACAUACAGCGCAGGCUGUCGUUGCAGCUACCCAUCCUGCACCAUGCCUACCUACCCUCCAUAGGGGGGGUGGACGCCAGCUGUACCAGCCCCAACGCCAGUCCCGGCUCCAGCCCGCGGCACAGACACAUGCCCCCGUCCUAUCGGGUCAUGGUCUCAGGCCUGUGAGCAUCAGUCU